CCAGGAGCCAAGAGCCGAGCCCCGCGGAGCCCAGGCCGAGCCGGAGCGCAGAGCGAGCGCCGCCCGCCGCACGCGCGCCUGUCCCCGCCGCUGUCCCUGCGGCCGCUGCCGCCUGCUCGGAGCACUGACAUUGCUGCAUUCGCGGGGUUCCAGGGAGCCCCGGAGCUGGGCCUUUAUUUCUCGUCUGCUGCGCUCAGCACCGCUGCUCGCAAAGCUACACACCAGAGCACCUUAGAAAGUUUAACCAAAAGAAUGCUCAUGUUUGACCCAGUCCCUGUUAAGCAAGAGGCCAUGGACCCCAUCUCUGUGUCCUACCCAUCAAAUUACAUGGACCCCAUGAAGCCUAACAAGUAUGGAGUCAUCUACUCUGCCCCUUUACCAGAUAAGUUCUUCCAGAACACAGAAGGCCUGUCCCACGGGAUACAGAUGGAGCCGGUGGACCUCACGGUGAACAAGCGGAGCUCACCACCCUCAGCUGGGAACUCCCCUUCCUCCCUGAAAUUCCAGUCCUCGCUCCGGAGAACCUCGCCAGGCCUCAGCAUGCCUUCCUCCAGCCCCCCUAUGAAAAAGUACUCGCCCCCACCUGCCGGAGUGCAGCCCUUCGGGGUGCCACUGUCCAUGCCCCCAGUCAUGGCUGCAGCGCUCUCCAGGCACGGGAUCCGCAGCCCGGGAAUACUACCCGUCAUCCAGCCCGUCGUGGUGCAGCCCGUCCCAUUUAUGUACACGAGCCACCUCCAGCAGCCACUCAUGGUCUCCUUGUCUGAGGAGAUGGACAAUUCCAAUAGCAGCAUGCAAGUACCUGUAAUUGAAUCAUAUGAGAAGCCUAUAUUACAGAAAGCAAUUAAAAUAGAGCCUGGGAUCGAGCCUCAGAGGACAGAUUACUAUCCUGAAGAAAUGUCACCCCCCUUAAUGAACUCAGUGUCCCCCCCGCAAGCAUUGUUGCAAGAGAAUCACCCUUCUGUCAUCGUCCAGCCGGGGAAGAGACCGCUACCCGUGGAGUCCCCAGACACGCAGAGGAAGCGGCGGAUCCACAGAUGUGACUAUGACGGCUGCAACAAGGUGUACACCAAGAGCUCUCACUUGAAAGCCCACAGGCGAACACACACAGGAGAAAAACCCUACAAAUGCACAUGGGAAGGCUGCACGUGGAAGUUUGCUCGGUCUGAUGAACUCACAAGACAUUUCCGGAAACACACUGGAAUCAAACCAUUCCAGUGUCCAGACUGUGACCGCAGCUUCUCCCCCUCCGCCCCCCUCCACCUUGACUUCCACCACCCCCCACCUGUCUGA